CCUGGGUCUACCAGAGAGUUAUCUUGAACACAUAGAGUUAAGUCAAUUGUUUUUCUGAUCGGAGCAGCUGGUCCAGCUCGAAGGCCACUGGGAUACUCAGGUGAUUGUACACAGGUGCUUUAAGGUAAUCUGAAAUUGGCCCAGUAAGCUGCUGAGGUUGUUAAAACUACAACCUUUUUCUUCAUGAGCACGGUGUAUGUAGAAGUUACAACUAUAAUUGUUACAACUAUAACUAUAAUUGAGGGCAAGCUGCUGGUGGCCAGGGUGCCGGUCUUAGACCCAGAGUGGUCGGGGCAGAGGGUGGCCACAGAGGAGAAAUUGGAGUCUGAGUCCACUUCAGCCCCUGUUACAGACUCUGGAUUCUGUCACAGUGAGAGCUGCUCUGAUGCAUCUUCAGUCCCUUCAUCAUCAGCCACAUUCACAUCAUUCAUGAUUGGUGACCCGUUCACAUUUGUCCUCCUAAAUGAAAAAGAGGGUAGGGUGAAGGUGUGCAAUGGCUCCUUUUGCUGUCACCUGCAGUACAAGCGAAUUUCACAGGGUGACAGUGAGGAGCUGUAUGCAUUUGGUGCGUUUGCUGGGCUGCACACUUUGGAUGGAGACCUAUCCCUGCAGGUAUGAACUCAAGGGUUUAUGGAUAUAGACACUGUCCUUUACAACAUGUCUCACCUGUAUCCUUCCUUCUGCAGGUGUGUGCACUCAUCCGUUGUGCAGGGUUGGACCCCAGCUCCUGUGGACAGGAAGUAGAAGAAGCUGAGACCAAAAUGGACUUUGUGAUGGAGGGGAAGUUUGGAACCAGAUAUGUGUACCCAUCAGUUUUGGCGAGUCAAAUGGUUAUAGAGGAAGUAAAGCAUUUUGACAAAUCUGCAGAUGGAAGAGUGACUUUAAAACACUCAGACAUUACUGCUGGACUGGUGACCGCCUGUCUGUACGGACGGAUGUAUCACCUGGACCACGAAUAA